GUCUAUAUUAUUGAACAUAAAAAGAAUAAACAUUGUGUUAUUUAACAACUUACUAAUUUUUAUAAGUGAAUUUAACAAUCAGAGAAGUGUAGAGAGUCGUUCAUCUGUCUUAGAUAGUUUGAUGUACAUCCUUCUGUAUUUUAUUAUUGAAAAGAAAAUGCUUAUCAGUCAAGUAGUUCGACAGAUGGAAGAAGCACAUGAACUGCUUGAACAAAUGGAUUUAGAAGUAAAAGGUAUGCCACCACCUUCUCGCCAAAAGUAUGAAAUUCGAUUAAAGAGUUAUGUUGCUGAACUCUCACUGUUAGAUAAAGAAUUGCAGAAAGCUCGCCUUAAUCCAAGAGAUGAAAAUGCUCUAAGAGAUGAGUUAUUUGAAGGAGACUAUGUGAGGGAUGACCAGAAACAAUGUCUUCUUGAUAAUACAGAAAGGCUAGAACGUUCUUCACGACAACUAGAGGGUGGUUACAAAUUAGCUAUAGAAGCAGAACAAAUGGGAGCUCAGAUCCUGACUGAUUUAAGCUCUCAAAGGGAAACUAUAAGUAAAUCCAAGUCAAGAAUGCAAGAAACUAACUAUGAUUUGAGCAGAAGCUCAAGAAUUGUUAAUGGAAUGAUUAGAGGGAUGAAACAACAAAAGAUAAUACUGUAUGCUGUUGCUGCUGUAAUUCUCCUGACAGUUAUUUUGUCUAUAUAUUUCACAAUUAGAAAACAUAGUUGAAUUCUUUAUUGAUCAAAUAAUUAAGUUAUAGGUAUUUUAAUUUAUUUAUUUAUCCAGCAUUUUUAUUUACUACAGACAUAUUAAAAAAUAUUAUUUUUGGAUU